AUAAGAGACUGCACGUUCGGAUAUCCCGUCGUCUUUUACCAUCCCGCGCUUCGACUACAAACCGUACGGUGCAACAAUAAGCUCGUCGUCGCCGUCGUCGAAUCUCAUUUUCGGUCAAAGACAUACUCGCACAAAAUCGAAGGUAAGUUAAGUUUUAUAUCAUUAGUAUUAUUAUUAUUAUAAUUAUUAAUUAUAAUAUAACAAUAAAUACCAUCACCAUCGAUACCGUAAAUGGUAUCAUUAGUUUCGCAUAAAGUGUAAAUAAACAAAAAUAUUAUUAUUUUUUUUUUUUUAAAAGUAACUUAAAGUAAUUUUUUUAAAUAAAUACAAUUAUUUUUUGUCUUUGCCAAUUUUAUAAUUAUUAAUUUUUUUUUCAACUAUGAUUUGUAUUUACCAACCAUAAUAAUUACACAUAUUGUUAUUAUUAUUGUUCAAUUAAAUAUGCGUUCAAAUUAUUUUUUAAAUAUCUAUAACAAGUUACUACGAUAGGUACUACGAUAUAAUUGGACUCGUAAAUAUAACCGUUUAAAAUAUUAGACCAUUUCUCAUCUUAUUGGAUUUACGGUGUUAAACAAUCAUUAUAAUGAUGUAUCGUUUACAAAAUAAUAUUAUUAUACAUUUGAUGUAAAUACUCGUAUAUAUUAUAAUAAAUACAAAAUACAUAUAAUUACGAAUAUUCACUGGUUAGAUAGGUAGUAUAAUAGAUAUUUCACAAAAAGAGUUUAAGAAAAUAUUAUUAUCUUGUAAAAAAUAAUAUAUCGUAUCGAAAAAAAAACCAAACAAUAUUGCAUAUUAUAUAAUAUUAUAACAAUUAAUUUCAUACUGUAAAUUAAAUUCAUAUACAGACUCUUGACAUAAUAUUCUCCGUCGUAUAGAAUAAUAUUGUUAUUUCGCUUGUCUAUAUUAUUGUUAGGUAACUGAUUAAAUUAUUACAUGUUAUCAAUGGAAAUAUAGGUAAUUCAUCGUUGAAUACUCGUAGUCAGUAUGUAAUGAAUAAUAGGCGAUGGUAUUUUAUGAUCGUAAUAAAUAUUGCAUUAAUUUGUACAAUAUACUGUUAGAACAUUAGAUACAUAAUAUUAAUUUUGUAAACAAAAAUAAAAAAUGAUCAAAACUUAAUAUUUAUAAAAUAAGUUUAUACGUAAUUAAUUUACAUAUAAAAAACUUUUUUAAAAGUAAUUGAAUACUAUUUGGUACCUUAAUCAAAAUUUUAGACCGAAAAUUAAUAAAAUCAAUCGAUUUCGUUGAUUCACGAAACUUUUUUUUACUCUGAAAUUAAAUUAUUUUAUUAUUGUUUUAUGUUAAUGAACUGUGGUUAAUGUUUUUAUUGGAUACAUAAUACAUUUACACACAAUUUAUUUCUACCCCCGCGAUUGUAUGAACGAAUAACUAAUAAGGUUAACUUUUUUUUUAUUUUAAUUUUGAAAUUAAGUAUACAAUAUUUUAAUAAUAAUAACAAUAGUAAUUUUGUCUGUUAACUUUAAAACGUUUUUUGAGUUUUUAAACAAACUUUUUUUUUUUAUAUAUAUCUAAUAUCUAUACUUAUUAAAAAAAUAAUUUCGUGUUCACUACAAUAUAAAUAAUGUCUAAAAAUCGCUCGAAUAAUAGUCGUUAAAAUUUGAAUAGUGAAAUAAUAUAAAAAUACGCUUUAUAAUAUAAAUUACGAUUAGUGGUAUUUAGGUCGAUAAUUAUUAUUAUAGGUAUACAUUAGUAAAAAUUAUAAAGUCAGAAAACUGUACUAUUAAAACCCGCAUGGGCCAGGUGGCUGUUAAUCGGAACGUCAUGGGUAUAUAAUGAUAUUAUAAAGCAAUAAAGCCGAGUAUAAUACAUUAGGUAUUGGUGUAAGUUGAGUCAAAAUAAAUUAUUAUUAAACCAAACAGAAUCAUGUAUAUCGUACCAUACCAAAAAUCGGAAGAAAAAAAUACAUCACAUUAGCCUAUUACAUUAUAAUUAAAUAACCAACCCACCACGGAAGACUGGAUAUUACAAAGAUUUUGUGUGGUACAAGUGCUAGAAUAUAUGAUUUUAAGUUCAAAAAACCAUUUAUUAUAGGUAUAUUUCAAAAUAUCGUAUUUAUAAAAUAUUGCGGUUUGGACCGAUAAAUAUGAAAUUAAAACUAUACAAGAGAAAGUCCGCUACGUAUUGCAAGUGCUGCAAACGAAUCGUGUAGGAAAUAUUAUAUUAUCGGUAUUGGUUGUGAAUAUUUAAAUAGUGAUAUCAAUUGUUUUUAAAUUAUAAUUAUACAAUUAGUUGUGAAUUCAAGGUGGAGGGGCAAUAGGUGUUUUUGACCUCCCUUCCAAAUACCAUAGUAUACUAUAUGAUUUUUUUUCUUGUAGGUAUUGUUUUAAACUAUAGUAUAUUUAUUAGGUUUUAUUAGUGUACAUGGUUUUCUACCUAUAAGGUAUAAGGAAUAUAAAGUACCUAUACCGACUAUAAUAAUAUUUUGAAAAACUAUACGGUACUAUAAGGUACCGUGCAUUUGAUAAUGAUUAUUUAUCUCGUAUUUUUUAUUUCCUUACACUCAUAUUUUCGUUAAAAUUAUCAUUAAUCAAACUUAUUAUAAACAAAUCUAAUUUGGUCGUGUUACAUAAACUAUGAAGUAUAUUUAACAAAAGGUUGCGAUUUUUAUUUCGUUAAACUUGAUUUAUUAAAUUAUUUCAAUAAGAUUCGUACCUAUAGUAUAAUUAUGUAAAAAUAAUCAAAAUCCAUUGGAUUUAUAUGGAUAUAAGAUUCUAUCAAAAAUAUCUACACUAUAAUCCUGAUAAUUUAUGAAAUAUAAAAACAAUAUGGUGUUCAAAUUAAUAAAUUUUACAAAAUUAUAUUAUAUACAGUAUAUGUGAGCGAAAUUCGAACGAUAUCGCGUGACAUCGCGUCACGCGUUACUUUCUCCGGGGAUUACGUCAGUCUUGUGUUUCUGAUGUCUGUAGGAGAAUUUAAAUUUAAAUUACAUCCCGGUGCAAUAGGUUAAAUGUUUACAGAAAAAAAUGAAACACUAUAGAAAUGUAUGUUUAUAAAACUUGUUUUAAAGAUUGUAUUAUAUAUUGGAUUAAUGGCCGCAAAGCCGAUAAAAACUUACAACAAGGCAAUAAUAUAACGAAGACGACGACGUCUUUGAAUACUUCAAUAGUUUUUUUUAGAAGAUAUUGUUGGCCUAGUUUCACGUGCACAUUUAUAUGUGAAACGGCAUCAGUCAAGGGCACCCGCAGGAAAUAUUUCUAGGGAAAUAUAACUGGAAAGACGCGAAGGACGAUGAUUUGUUUAUUAUUCAAAGAAUUUCUGUGCGCACGUACUUACCCAUGGCACCGGCUAAUGAAUGAAUGACCUUUACCUUUAUAUCGUAUUGACAAGAACACUGAUGCGUGUCUAAAAUUAAUCUUGUAUAACAUAAAAUUAUGUAUUAUAAUACUCUCGUGAUAGAUCUCAAUAGGUAUAGUAUCACGUGGCGAUUAUUAGUGAUUGACGCCGAUGAUGAUGUUUAAGCUAAUAUGUAUUAUUAUUAUUAUUAUUAUUAUAAUUUAUGUGAUUUAGUUUAAGUUUUCGAAGCAAGGGAGGUGGAGGUAUUUUUACUGAUAUUUUUAAAAAUUCGAAUUAUAUAAUAUUAUAACAACUGUUUUACAUUUUUCGAGCUUUUCGACUAUAGAUACGUGUGAAAUAACAGCAGAUGAAUCUAAUUUGAGUACAAUUUUUACACUCUCCUUUCAACGAAUAUAACACUAUUAUUACACAAAGGUGUGGGCGAUAAAAAUAAUUAACUUAAACUUAAUAAACAAAAAGCUUUUGGUUAAAAGUUCAAAGGAAAAAUGCAAAACAACGUUAAAAACUAGAUUAAAAAGAAAUCAAGUUGUUUUUUUUUAAAAAACAAACUUAAAAUAUAUAUUCAAUAUAUAGUAUAAUAUUUUUGAAUCGUAAAAACAAAUUCAAUCUUGUUAUCAUGACGUUAUUAAACUGAGUACAUUAAUCAAUUAAAUUUAAAUUAAAUUUUUAAAGAAAAACUUAAAUUUUUUAACUCUAUAGUUUAUGUCCCCACCAUUUAUAUUACUUGUAUAUUAUAUUAUUUAUUUUGUUAUAUGAUCUUUAUUAUUAUUUAUUUUGUUAUAUGAUCUUUAUUAUUAUUUAUAUGUAUUAUAAUAUAUCUAUUUAUAUAAUUAAUAACGAAACAAUAUAAAAAUCUAUUUACUUCGGGUUUGUAAGUAUAAGUAAUUUUAUUUGUUGAAUAAUGUUUUUUUUUCGGUCGAAAGUGUUCGCUCAAACAUUUAAGUUAUAAUGAUAUUAUAUUAUAAUAUUUUCCUAUAUACGGUUAGUUCAAUAUAAAUUCACACCACUCCACACACAUUUUUUUUUUUUUAUUUUAUUAUAUAUUUUUUUAUUCUUUUAAUAAAAUAUUAUUAUAGCUAUCGUAUAUAAUAUCGAGUAUUGUAUACAAACGCUGCCGCCGCUCAAACAUUAUUAUAAUUUAAUUUCAUUGUAAACUUUUUGGAAGUGCGCGAUGGUAUUUCGAAGCGAUUGACACUUAAACUGCUAUAAUAUAAUAUAAUAUAUAAAUGUAUAGGAUCUGCCGGAAAAAUAAAAUCGAAAACAUUCGACCAAAAGAAUUUAAUAAAAAAAAAGCUAGUUGACAAUACUAGUAUAUAUACUAUACUCAUAUACGCACAUAACCAAUGUUGUAAAGAAAAAUAUAAUAUAAUCUGUAGAGUAUCGGAGCUUUAAAAAUGUCAGCGGUUUUUUUAUAUGUAUUACUAUUAUAUAUUUAACACAUAGUGUAGGGUUUAUGUAAGAUUAUAUAAUGUUUUUAUUAUUAUUAUUAUUAUUUAUAUUUUUUUUACAAAAAUAUCUAUUGCAUCGUUUUCUUUAUUAUUACCACGCUCGGUGAAAUAAUAUUAUGAUAAAAAAAAAAAAACAGUAUAGUAUAAACGAAUUUCGAAAACUAUAAAAAUAAUAUACAAAAGCCUGUUCUCGAUUCUUAUUAUUUAUUUACGACGAAACAAAGCUACUAUCACUUAAAUUAUGAGUUUUUUUUCUUCUAAAAGGGAAGAAAAAAAGUCUAAUAACGUAGAUAUAAUAGACUUAUAAUGUUAGUAUAAUAAUAUAAUAUAAUUGUUAUUAUUUCGUUUGGCGGCUAAUUCCUUCGAUGUUGGGUUGGAGAAUAUGUAGCUGAGGGCGCACAUCCCGAGUCCACGAGCUACGAAAAGAACUGUUGUCUGUUGGCUCUCAGCCGUAGCGGGAGGUGCCUCUUUAUAUGCCAAGAUCUGAUUAGUUAUCACAUAUUUGGCAGGUUAGAACUUUAGUUAUCUAGGACGAUGAGAAGGUACACUACGUGAAAUCGUUCUAUGUACUACAUACGUCAUACUUAUAAUAAAGUAAUAGGUAUAUUGAAUGGCCUGUAUUAUAUUUGCUCGGUGUAAAUAAAAUUAAAAAUUGAAUUUCUGAAACGACUAUCUUAGCAUAUACAUAGAAUGGUACGUACAAAACGUUUACAAGUAUUGAAUUCUUCAAGAAUACGAGUACUUAUGUAAAUGUCAAUACCUAUAUACCCAUCUACUUAAUUUUAUAACGAACGCAAAGUGUUAUACUAUAACUUGUACACGACAUUUAGGUAUAUAAUAUGUAGGAAUGGGCCGAUACCAUUUUUUACCAAUAUCCGGUAUCGGGUAAAAUAAAUAUUUUUGAUAAAACCGAUAAUACCUGCACAAACCAAUAUCUGAAAAAACCCGAUACCUAUAACACAUUAUUUACAUUGAUUAUUAUAUACCUAAUUUUAUUGACACUAGAUAAUAUUUGUACAUCUAGUGUACAGGGUGAUACUUUUAUCGAUAAACACUCAUUAUUUAGCAAAGUAUUACCUUUUUUCCAAACAAUUUUUCAAAAUUUUAGAUAAGGGCAGAUCUAAAAUUUGCAUUAACAUUAUUUUUUUCAUUCUCAAUUUUGAAAGUUAAACGACUACCUACUUUUUAUUUUCAAAUAGUAACCUAACCUAACCUACAUUAAAAAUUACAUAAAUAGAUAGAACAUAUUGGUUUAAAUAAAUUUUAGUAUUGACAUUUUUGAUUCCCGUCAACUCGUUCAUGAGAUAUAACUACUUUUAAAUGUAGUUCGGGAGAGAGUAGUGGAGCACUAUUCAAACAUAACAUGCCGUACUGUCACACAAAUGAUACUUUGCUCUCCCCUACCCAAACUUAAAUGUGAAAUAUCUCAUGGACGGAUUAAUGGAAAUCAAAAAUGUCAACACUAAAAUUUAUUAUGCUCUAUCUAUUUAUGACACUUUUUUAAUACAGGUUACCAUUUUUAAAUCAAAAAUUCUUAGUCAUAUCAUCCUUGAAAAUAAGGGUCACAAAAUAUAACGGUAAUAUAAAUUUAAAAGUAUUUUGCUUCUUAAAUUUUCAAAAAAAAAUUGUUUAGAAAAGGUCAAUACUUUGUAAAAUAAUUAGGGUUUAAGGAUAAAAGUAUCACCUUAGAGAUAAAUGAAUACAACUGCAGUGAUUUCUAUUUUUUUCUAUUCUUUCUACGCUCACUUUGUAGAUUUCCUAAAAUCUUACAACCCCUCCUUUAAUUGAAAAAAUGAAUUAAUUGUUUUAUUAUUAAUAAAAUACAGGUAUAAAUAAUAUAAUUAAAUACAUACAUAUUACAUAAAUACAUAUUACCUCUAAAUACGGCCAUGCUUGCGCUUAUAUGUCACAUAUGAUAACAAAAGACUAUGCCAGGUUGAUGAUGACACCCCUGUUCAAAUGAUUUUCUGCAGAUUUAAUAUUGUUGCGUUUUUUAUAAUUUAUUAAAAAUAUAUUAUAAACGGAUUUAUCAAUACUUGCAUGACGAACAAAUUUUUCUAUAAGAAUUCUAUAAUGCGAUUAAAAUUUUAAAAAAAGAGCUGAUCUUGGGGACGAGUGUGGCUUCUGUUGUAGAUGGGUAGUUGGAAAGAUGAUAUACAUAAAAUUAUUUAGUUUAUAAUUUAACUAAUGAUAAACCAUUGCUAACGAAAAACGAUUCGGAGCGAAGUUUGGUUACACAUGUUCUGAAAGACCGUAUUAUUUACGAUUUUCGUCAAAAUUUGAUUUUAAAACUUAAAUAAAAAAAUUAAAAUACCAUAUUAUCUAUACUCAAUUUUUUUUUUUUAUCACUAAGUAGGACUUAUAAUGAAUCUCCUGUCAAAUUUUUCAAGUAUUUCUGUUUAGUUUCAAAAUUUUAUUCAUUGCAAAGUACCUACCACAUAAAAAUUACGUAAAAAACUCACAAAAUUUCAAUGAUUUUAAAUAGCUCAAAAAUGACUCAACAAUUCAAGUCUCUAAGAAAAUGUUUAACUGAAUCACAUUUAAGAAAAAUAAAGUUUCAAAUGAUAAAAUAAUUAUUUUCGUUAAUUCUCCCGUUUUUUCUGCGGUUUUGCUUAAUUAUUAAUAAAAGUACAGAGAAAAUUAAAUUACGACUUUACUACUCACCAACUAGAUUAAAAAUUCAACAAAAAAAAUCUAUUGUUGUUUUUCUAUUGGAGCAAUAUUUUUUGUAGAAAACAUAAGCCUUAAAAAUGUAAAAUUAUGGAAUCGUUACGCCAUAAUAUGAAAAAAAAUCAUAUUUUUCUUCUUUUUUGAUUUUCCCCAUUCAAUUUACCGAUUGGACAGACUUAAUUUACAUAAAAGGUGCUACAUUAUACAUAUCGGAGCAAGAUUUCUGAUAGAAAAGUUGUUCACAAACAAUAAAAAAACAAAAAAAAAAUAUAUAAAAAUACACAUCAUAGUAAAACCAAUAGAUCCCUAUGCUCCUAAUCUAAAACUAGGUGGGCAGGUAUAUGAAACCAUUUAGUUAAUAUUUUUAAAUCUUUCAUUCGGGCAAUUUUAUACAAACCGUUUGAAACACGAGAAUUUUCAAAUUUGUGUGUCUAUAUACCUACUGUACACUUAGCAAAUUGACUUACAUUUUUAUUGUAACAAAAUACACAAAAAUAGCAUUACUAAAAAUAUCGAAUUGCACAUUUUCUUUAAAUGUGAACAGUUAUUCAAUGUAAACUGAUAAAAAACAAUCAUUUAUUUUUGUGAACGAAAUGUGUUUUCUAUUAUGCGUACAAUAAUUCCAGUCUAUAAUUAUGAGUAAAAUAUUCAAUGACAUUUCAAAAUCAUUUAAACAUUUAUGUUAUUAUAUUUCCUUUACUCGCAGUACUCACCAAUGUUAAUAUUUAUCUAAAUGUCUAUACUCUAUGUUGUAAAAUAAAAAAACUAAAAUCGUCUUAAACAUCCAUUUUAAAAAUUAAUGAUAGAUUUAAUAUUAUACAUACCUAAGCACCCAACUAAACAAAUUGUUGUAUUCCCCUUUUGUUUGUAAAGAGUCAAUUAUAAAUCGUUUGAAAUAUAGAAUCGAAGAAAUAUACUAAUACAUAUUAAUAUACCUUUUUAUUUUGUUCGUGUCUAAACUGACAGUAGUCAGGAGGAUCUGUUUUCACAAUACUUUCCUACUACUACCAAUAUGAUUAUAGCUACGGUAAUAGAAUAUUACAAAUUAAUGAAAUCGUAUGCCGGAAAAUUGCAUUUAUACAAAUUUCAAACGCAAUCCGUGUCAAUCUUUUUAUUAUUGUACGGUAAUGUGUUUACAAUAUACAUACUACUGGUGGGCCUACUGGUGUUGUUUUUAGAAACCAAUAUACAGAAUUACGUAUAAUAAUACAGUGAAAACUAAAAAAAACACGGGAAUUUCCUUUCCACUUCAAAUUGCAAACCCAUUUACUAUACGCUUCAAAUGUUUUGUAUUAAACUUCAAGAAACACUACCAUACCGCUGCUCAGCUUGUAGUUUAAAAGAGUUCACAUUCACCCGCUUCAAAGCCGCAUAAACGUUGCUGAUUACUUUUCUAAAAGUAUUGCAUAUAAACUUAAUAAUAAUAGUCGCUUUCGCAUAUACCAUGUUUACAUUUAAUGGGAAAUUGUCCGUCAAAUGGUACGCAAUAUAUCGUAUACAUAUAAUAUCCGUAUAGUAUACACCCCAUCAAUGAGGUGUAGACUUUAAUUUACUUUUCUAAAAUAUACAAAGUGAACGAGCUUUGAAAGACGUAUACAAUAUUAUGAUAAAUACAGUUUUAUAUAUUUCAAAUAUUAUGUAUUUUAUACCGCGAACGAUCCAAAAGAAAAACAGAAAGAACUGAUACUGCUGAUUAUAGAUGUGUCACUAUUAUUGAUAGAAGUUGGGAAGAUAGGAUACAUGAAGUUAUUUAAUUUAUAUCUGUAUGAUGAUAAAUCAUUGCUGAUAAAAUUCAAUCCUUAGCGAGUUUCGGUUAAACAUGAUUUGAAAUGCCAUGAUUUUUAUGAUUUUCAUCAAAUUUUGAAUUUAAAAUGCCUUUUUGAAAAACUCACUAAAUUGUUGUUUAUCACUAAGUAUAACUUAUAAUGUACCUCGUGUUAAGUUGUCGAACAUUUUUUCUAUAAUUAUUUUUAACUGAAUUAUAUAAAAAUAACAAAAACAAAAUCAAAAAUGUUCAAACGUUUCUGAUUGAUCAAAACAAUUAUACUCAUAUAAAACCAAAUAAAAACUAAAACAAAUCGAAAAAAAUAGCUAAAAAAUCGCUAGAAGUUUUUAAGUAUUCUAUCAUAACUAGAUAAGACUAAUACAAGUAUUCUAUGAAAAUGAAACAACGCGAAAUAGUUUUCAUGAAAAAAUUUGCUAUGAAAAAGUUAUACACACUAUUCAUGAAAUUACACGAAAAUAUGAAAAUACGAAACACGUAACGCGAAACAUGCAUAGUGUGGAGCGACUUUUAAGUUUCUUUAUAAAAUAACAGAUUUAUUUUCGCGUUACCUAUCAAAGGAAUAGAAAUAAUAACAAUACAAUACGUCACGUAAUCGCGAGAUUGAUUCUGAAUGUGUUUUAGUUUUUAAUUUACCGAGCACAAUUUGUGUUUUUAAUCUCGAGGACAUGUAUAGUAGUAUUUAUAGUAGGUGGGUAUACACUAUAUGCAUAACUGAAAAAAAAACUACUCGUAGUAAUAAAUAGUUUUUUUUUUCAAAAUCCAAUAUUGUUUUUUAUAUUGUUUUAUUAUCUAAUACGUGUCAAAAAAAUAAAUACAAAUGCAUCGGACGAUAUUAAAUUAUACAAUUCGGUACAUUCGAUUAAUUUGAAUGACGAAAACCAAUACCUACGCAUAAUAAACCCAUCAUGUCUAAUGCAAAACUAAACCAUGUUCUAUAAUAUAUAUAAUUAUGUAUACCUAUCAAUAUUAGUACUAUAUGUACCUAACAUUGCCUUUUCAUUUUUAAACUAUUUAAUUUAAACCGCUCGUAAUACUCGUUCCAUUAAAUAUUUUGCAAAAUAUAUAAUAGAGAAAAAAGAAAAGUUAACGACCUAAUUGUGUAAUCCUUAAUCGCGUCGGGGUAAAAAAACGAUGAUAAAAAAAAAUGUUCUGAAUUUUUUAACUUUAUUUGAUUUCCAGAAGAAUAUCAUCAACUAUGUAAAAUAAUACCAAUAGUUAUUUUACAUUUUAGCGUUUACGCCAAAUUCUUAUAAAUUAGUAAUGAAUAAUAAUUUGCACUACCUAAAUCAAGAUUAAACCGAAAAACGUCUCUUCUAUUGUGUUUUUGUGAGUUUCUGUCUAGACAUUGGGACGUCCAAUUUAUGGACGUUUACUGCAGGGUUGUUUUAGACUUUAGAGAGUGGGCCGUUUAUAGGAUUACGAACAGAUAAACGUCGAAAUUGGCGAUGAUUGUGCGACACAAAAUGCAGUCGUUUGGUCGUCACAGAAUAUAUUAUGUAGGAAUGGUCGACGAAAUUAAUAUAAAUCUCUUCUCGGUCAACUUGUAUGUAACAACAGGCAAGAGAACAAAUUCAAAACGAUAUAAUGAAAGGAUGUAGCAUUAUUUUAGGCAUGACGAGAGCAGACUGAGUUUUUAUAGACGAUUUUGCACUUAGUUGUAUUACUGUGUAGUUUUUUCUAUCAAUAAACACGGUUUUGUACAAUGUACAGUAAGUACAUCACUAAUCGUUCAAUCUAAAAACAUUAUCGAUUUAGAUUUGGAUAAAAUCUGUAGCUCGUAACUAUCGGAAACUGUAAACACAGACGGGCAAAAUCUUGAAAACGUAUUUUUCAGUUUAAAAUUUUUGUGCGGGAAUUCGUACCUAAAUUUGGACUGUUUUUUAAACGAAAUUUGAAUAUACAAUUAAUCAAUUUACCUAGUCUGUGAUUAAAAGAAAAAUAAUUAUGGUUACUAUUGAUAUUAUUGUACAUAUAAAAUAUUAUAUUCAUACAAAUAAAAACACUAUUAUAAUUAUAAAUAAUUAAGUAAAAUACGAGAAUAAAUAGUUGUAUUAUUUUAUUAGCUUUUGAUUAGAGUUUCGAGAUAAAAUAAAAGUGUAAUUUUUACACACGAGUAUAUAUUUAUUAUUUAAAUAAAAUAAUAAGACGAUUUUCCGUUUUCAAGUGAUAAUUAGAUUAGGUGUACCAUUGUAACAUGAUGUACUUAUGUACUACUUAUGUUUCAUGCGUUCGAAACUUUUCUUUGAUAUAAGUCAUAUUAAAUGAAUCCGACACGCAUUUUGUACUCUUAAAUUUCAGUCACGAUGUACUUUUUAAUUCUCGAGUGUGUUUCCUUUUUGAGUGUUAACGAGAUUAAAUAUUUAAUUUCAUAGUGACGAGUUUCCAAGAAAGUUUACCAUUUUACCACUCAUUCUAUAUUAUUACGGCGCGAAUCUUUAUUUUUAAGUUUUAUCAUUAUGUGUAUUGUGUUUUAAUGUAUUAUUAAAUGUAUCGCAUUAUGUUAAAAAUAUAAAGAAAAAGUAAUUCCUUUUUAAACACUGUUAUCCGAGAAGUUAAUAAAAUAUAUACAGUAGAGGUACCUAUAGUACAUUAAGCCAUUUAAUAAUAAUUAUAUACAUUUAUUCUGAAAAAAAAGUACCAAGAUUGUUUGAAUGUCUAGAGUGACAUUCAAAAAACGAAAGAAUUGACAAUAUCUAAUACUUAUUGUUGAAUUUAAUUAUAAUGAAUGUAUAUCUAUAAUUAUUUUAAAAUCUUUUAAGUAAAAAUAAAAUAUAUUUUAAUAUAGGUAGGUACUUUUAUAAGUAAUGAUGAGUAACGAUGAGCUCCAAAUUACUUUAAGUUAUAAUAAAUUGUAUAAUCGUAUUAUAAUUAAAUCAAGUUAAUGCUCAGACACUAAAUCAUCAGUAAAAUUUUAAUAUUUGACAUCGCAAAACUAAUUUUUUUUUUUUAGUUUUAAUUUUAUACAUAAAUUAUUCCUUAAGUUUUCAACCAAUACUUACAAAAAAAAAGAACUGACUCUGCUGUAGGUUUGUCACUAUUGUAAAUGGAAAGUUGAAAAGAUAAGAUUGGGCGAUUUAAUUUAUAUUUAUGCAACAAUAAAUCAUUAUUAUUAAAAACGAAUCUGAGUAAAGUCCAGUUAAAUAUGUUUUGAAAAAUUUUACCCCUACUUUGUAUACCUUAAAUAAGUGCAUACUUUUGAUUUUCACUUAAAAUCCUCUGAAAUAAUUGCUGGUUCAUAAUAAAAAAAAUCAGCCUGUAUAUAUUAUAUAUAGAUAAAUCCCCCGUAUUUAUUAAAAAUUUUGAUUUCACCUUAAAAUGGUUUUGUUUUAAUUUAUAUUUUACCGGAUUAAAUUAUGUUUCGAUUCUUCGGGAACACUUAUAUGUUUUAGAAUUUUUUAUCGAGAAUAUUUACAAUAACAUUCCCCUUGAUCAAAAACGUUUUUGAUUACAUUUUCUCCAGAUUUAUAGCCUUUAUUCUUUUAUGAUUUUCACGAUUAUAUAAUGAUAUGAAUAUAUUUUAACUAGAAAAAAAAGAAGUUUUUAUUUUAUGAAAUUAGUUCACGGUCACGUUUCCCGCAAAUAACGGAAAUAUAAGCACGGCUGUACUUAUGCUUAAACGAUUUUGCUAAACUUUUCCGUCCUAACCGUACGUUCGCGAUCAAUCAUCCGACUAAUUUUCAACUGUAAAUUAUUCUGUCGGCGUGCUUUGAUUUUAUUUUUUAUAAAUUAGCUUAAUAUUAUUUUUCACAUCAAUAUAUGAACAGACAAAUUAAAACAAUACUACACUAUGCUUUAGUUGCAAUUCGGUAAGUAUACAAUACGACACGGUAUUCGAUAUCAUUGUUUAAUACUCAUUUUUAAUGAAACAAUAAUAACGAGUAUACAUUUUUCGUGGUAACAAAUAUUAUUUUCCUUGAGGGUUAUCGUCCAUCAGGACCAUUCCAUCACACACCCAUAAUAUGUUCUACAAUUCUUCCAGUCAGCGAUUCUUACUCUCCAAUUUGACCUUUAAUUUAAAGAUUUCAUGUAUCCUUGUCACAUCUUCUAAAUUAUCCAUCUUAAAUUGGAACAUCCAAGGAGUUUCUAUAUCCAUCCGGGUUUUCUACCACUACCGUAUGUAAAAACGAAUUCUGACUUCACCGUGGAUGGAAAAUGCCCACUAUAAUCUUCUAAUAUCAUAUCAUCAUAUCUUAUUGUUCGUUAUUUUAUUUUAAUUGUCUAUUCGUCGAUUUCCUCGUCUUUAACUGGUCCAAAAACUGUCCGUAGGUUUUAUCUUUUCAAAACAAUCAGUUUCCUUUCUCCAUUUUUUUUUUUAAUGCCAUGUUUCUGCUCCAUAUAUUUAAUUAUUUCUACCAAAUUUCUAGAUGUAAUAAUAUCUAGCGUGAUAUCUAAUUGUACCUUCAAUUCCCUCGACUAAAACUCUAUAUAAUAUUAUACAUGUAAAAAAAUCAGAUAAAUCGAAUUUUUGGGCUUAUAUACUUUCCAACGUUUUCAUGGAUUAUCGCAGCGUAAAAUAAAAUAGAACGAUUUACAAGUAAAUCAGAAUAUUGAAUUAAAUUCGAGAAAUAUCUGAAUAAUGAUACACACUGUCGUCUCACACAGCUGAAAAACACUGUGACUUAUACUUAAUAUAAUUGUAUAUAUAAAUGUAUAUUAUUAUUUUAUUAAACAAUUUCUGUUUGGUUAUAUUUCCGUCAAAAAAAAGUUUUAUAGUAUAUUUUUUCAGGCGGAAUAUUUUACGGAUAAUUCAACAAAUAUUAUUUUAAACAUAAUGCAAUUACACUGCAAUUUACCAAAAACUUUGAAUCGUACAGAAUAUUUUUCUGAUAUAGUUAUGAGAAUUUCGUGAUUAUAUUCACAAUAUAAUUCUAACCCUACUAAUGUACAUUUAAAUAUAAGCAACGUUUAAAAUAAAGCAAAAAAUGCACUAAUAUUCGUAAUUAAAAUAACGGAACGUUCCCGUUAACAUAAUACAAAUGAAUAUUCUAAGAACUAACAAAAUUGGAUAUUUGAUUUACUUAAGUAUUAACACACCAAUUUUUCAGAGAGAAUCAUUAUUUCGUGUCUAAGACCACAAUAAAAACGUGCAAACUUCUUAUUUGCCAUGAUCCAGAUAAGAUUUCUGACUAAUUUCAAGUGAGAAGUUUAAACAAUAUAAUAUACCUCUUAUAUUUUGAUCGAUCUGCUUUAGUGCUUUUAAAAACGAUCAUCUGAAAUAUACAAAUGUUUGAAAACAUUUUAUAAAAGUUUAAUACCUUUUUUAAGAAUUUCGAUUAAGCACUGUGAAAUAUUAUUAUUUUCAUUCGUGAAUUUAAAAUAAUGAUAUCAACCUUUUAGAAUAAGUACAGGUAAGUUUCUAUAUUAUUUAUUAUUGUUCUCUUCGUGCGCUGGUCGUGUCGAACCAUUAAAGAUUUCUAUCUCAUUUUCUAUACAAUUUUUAAUCCGUGCGUGCCAUUUUUAUUGAAAUACAUUGGCCACUACAAAUAUUUUAUAGAGAGUUUUUCUUUUAUAAUAAUCUCUUGUUUGUGGUGGGGGGGAGGUGAGAGAGGGUUGAUUCCCGCGUGGAGUAGGUAUACUGUAUAUAGUUCUCAACGUCCGCCCUCGAGAUUAUUUCCGUUUUAACAUAAUUCAAAGUAAAACAAUUAUGUUUUAUUCGGGUUUUCUUACUGAUAUUAAAAACAAUAAUCGCUCAGAAUUACUAUUUGAAGAGACAACACUCACUUUUUAUCUCGCAGAACGCAUCUGGCUACCACGAAAACAUGUUCUAAUUUGAGUAUAGCUAUUAAACUCGUUUAAAAUACGAAUUCCCGAGCAAUAAAACCGACCGCAAACUUAAUUAAAUACUAUUACCGAGUUAAUAUAAAGCCUAUAUCGGAACUAUUCCAGCUUUAAUAUAAUAUAGAAAAGACAAUAAAAACUCGUGAAAUGAAAAGGGUCCAAAUGUUACGAUUAUUAUUCUCCAAUAAAUAUAUUAUUAAAUAAAACAUAAUAUUGUUAUUUAAUAUCGUUUUACUAAUUUACUUUUAAAAAUUAACCUUUAAGUAUAAUUCUAAGACACGAGUAUAUAUAUAUGAAUUACAAUAAAUUAAACGAUACGAAAAAAAAUUAUUUAAAAAAGAAAACUGAAACGCGACCGCAUACAAUGCAAUCAAAAGAGAAUAUAGAAUAAACAAGAUGAAAAAAAAAUGAACGACAAUACGAAUAUAUAUAUUUUUUUAAAGUAUAUUGUUGCGUAAGUGAUAUACUUUUUUUCAUAUAAGACGAUAUACUCAAAUAUGUGUUUUGGAUUCUUAUCAUCCGACAUAAUAUUGUAUUUCUUGACAUAUUAUAUAGCCUAUAGCACUCUCAGAAACGAGAUAAGAAUCCAACGACAACUCAUUUAUUAAAAUCCAUCCGGUCGUUUGGAUAUUACGAGUUUAUAAAUAAGAAUCGUACAUAGAUUUAGGUGUCAAACACAUCAUUUACUCUGUUUUGUAGUCGGCUAUAAAUGUAUACUUACAAUAUUAAUAUUAUCUUCACGAAUAACGCAGUGACACAAAUAAAAUCUUCUGCGUAAGAUUAAAUUUCGAUUUGUUAUUUAUUCGAAUAUGUGUAUUAUUUUAACAGUGUCUUAAAGCUCGCGUUACAUUAUUUCUUCCUGACCGGUACUAUAUAUUAUUAUAUCCUGCGAUAUGCCGAAAUUUCCAAUCAUUCACAAAAUGGAUUAUUAUAUUAUAUAGAUAGUAAUAAAAUAAUAACAUUUUCACUAUACCCUAAAACAUAAUAAUAAAUAAUAACCAAUAAAUUUAGUGAGAAAAUUAUUUUUAAAUAACGGUGUGCGCAGUAUUAUAGGUAGUGAUUUGUAAAACUUUUAGGAAAAAGCCAACAGAUUAUUAUUUUCAUAACUUUAUUUCGUUCGUCCAAUCACAUGUUGCAGUGUUCUCUGAACGCAAUUUAAGUUCAUUAUUGAGAUUAAUUGGUAUUGGCAUUUACGCCAUAUCGAAAAAUGUGUCGAACGAAUCCUGAUGAUUUGUGUCUGCAAAACAUUGCUGCAUGUGUGUUAUAGUUUGUUCAACACUUGGCAUGAAUCUCAAUUCAAAUCUGUAUAUUUAAUACUAUUGUACAAUUUUUGUUAUUCAUCAUACAAUAAUUAUUUAUGUUAUGUUAAUAAAAAACUAAAAUAUAAUUUUGACUGUGUUCGUUCUUGAUGUCCUCGAAGAAGGACAAACGUAAAAUAUAGUUUUUCCUGGUGUCCUCGUACAAGGACAGGCCCUUAAAUCAAUAAUUACAGAAAUAUUGAAAAAACUACGAAACUUCGCGAUAUUUUAUUACAUUAAAUGUAAACUUCGAGAAUACAAAUAAAAUAAAAAUUAAUUCUAGAAAGAGGUUAAACCAAACAAUAACGUAUAUCACAAUAUUAUUGCAUAACUGUGCCUUUAACCGGCGUUUCGAAUAGGCAAAUUAGGUACAUACAUGAAUACAAUUAAAAUUAUACAUUGUAGAGGCUACAACUAUGAGUAAAAUUUUGUUUGGUAUUUAAAAAUCACAAUAUUAUUACUUUAUUAAUUUUAAUACGUAGUGAAUAUUCAUUAGCGCAAAUAAUACAUUCUUCAUAUAUUAUACGUUUAUUAUUUUAGUUGAAUUAUUAUCAUAAUUAUAUAGUAAGUUGUUUUUUCAUGGAAACCAUUUUUUUUUUUUUUUUUUUAGAUUACUAUCGUAAAAUUACGAUAUUUAAUAUAUUAAUUGCAUGUGAAUUUAAAAAUCGUCUAUAUAUAAAUGGAAAACCAGCAAAAUAUAUUAUCCAACAACUAUAAUAUACUUAAAAUAUAAAAUAUAUACGAUAUCGUGCGAAUUGAUCGAUUCGUUGUCGAAGAAAAUUAUAAACGUCUUGUUCAGAGUUUUGUUGGAUAUAGUUGUGGUUGUAAAUUAAUAAUUAAAAUAUAUAUGUAUAUCUCAUUAUAUUGAUUUACCGUUAAGCCAAUAUUUUUUUUCACGAUGAGUUUUUUCAACAAAUGUUUAAGUUGUCGUCCAGUUUUCUCGUUUAAAGUAUGUAUAGAUACAUUAAAAAAUUCAAAAGGUAAAACGCAAGUAUACUUAUUAUAAAUGCAUGACUUUUUUACUUAUUUUCACCCUGGGGUGAAAUAAGUUUUACAUAAUAAUUAAAAUUAUGUCAUUACCAGUCUCUCGCUGUUUUUUUCAAUAUACUUCAUUGGAAAAAACUAUCCAACUAUUAUACUAAUAAAUUACCAUUAUUAUAUUAUAUUGUAGGUAGGUACGAGGUAUGUAUACAUAGUGACAAAAAUAUCAAAUAACGUAUAAACCAAAUAAUUAUUAAAUCUUUAGUUCCUAGGAAAGAAAAGCUUAAGUGAAUGUUGUAUAGUUUUCAAUAGAAGCAAAAUAAAUGUUGAAAAUAUAUAUAUCAACAAUUGUGACAUUAAAACUAAAACAUAAUAUAAAACGAUUUAUAUGAGAUAAUAUGAUUUUUAAAAAAAAUUAACUUAAGCCAUUACUUCUUGGGACCAAAGAGAUAAAGAAAUAUAUUACUUAUAUAUAAUUAUCAUAAUAUGUAAAAGCUUAUAAUUAAGUUGCAAAAUGUUGUACCGACCACGCAUUGAUAUGACAUAAAUACAUAAAAUUAAAAUAUAUUAUACAGUUUGAAUAUAAUAUUCGAUGUUAUAAUUAUGUAUGAUAAUAAUAUAAUUAAUGUACAAAUAAAAUAAUUUUAUUGGGUAUUUAAAGAUAUGCUCUUCAAUAUUGACUAUACGAAUAAAUUGUUGAAUUUAAUUUUAUAUUUAUAUAUUCGAGAUAAGAAUAUAUAAAUGGUAUAAAAAUAAUCCAUAUUAUGGAUUUGUUGUUUUAUAACAAGAAUUUAUGUAUUUUGGUGAAGGUUUGUAUACUAAAAAAAAUAUAUAUAAAUUUAAUUUAUAAAUACAACCGGAUAAACUUAAUUUAUCUUUUUAAAAACUCGUUGGAAAAGUUUAUAAUAUGGGUAAUGUAGAAAAUGAACGGCCUUCAUGUUAUCUCUGGACUUGCCUAUUGCCCAAGGAUAUGUGUUUAAUACAAACCCGUUGAUUAUAUCAAAACUAUAGCUCAACAAGAGGAUUAAAACAACCGUUAUAAUAUCCUGACCCACACAAAAAACACUUUAUAUACAAUAUUAUUAAUGCCCAAUCUUUGUUUUUUCUCAAAAAUCGCACAGAUGUCUACUCUGCCGGACCUUUUAUUUAUUUAUGUAUUCAUAUGGCAAACAAAAAAAACUGAUAAUCUUCCACCUGCAACGGAGAGUCACCUUUAACUUCAUCCUUUGUGUAAUAAUAUAUUAUAAAAUAAUAGAAGAUAUCUAUAUCUCUAAACGAAUUUGUCUGAAUUCCAAAACGAGAAUUUUUUUUUAUUUUGCCUUCACAUUUAUAAUAAUUUAUCUCGGACAAUGUUUUUUGGUACAUACCUAAGACCUGCCUUACCUACCUAGGUGUUUCCAUCACUUUGUUUUAUUGGGGUGUUUUUUUUUAUCGGGUUUUAAUAUAUUGUCCGUAUAAAUAGAGCUUAUACCUAUGCGGGCGUACGGUGACAUAUUGGUGUUUGGACGAAAGCGUAGGGGUUGAAUUUAUACACGUCACCAUAUAUCCCAACAUCGAAACUUUGUAAAUCAAACAGAAACGUUUAAUCCUCUUGUGACGAGAUGUAUGGCGAAUAUUGUUGUCUCCAGUUUUAUCUUUCUCGUCCCGUUCUUCACAAAUUCUCCUUUGCAUUUACCCUCGAGUUGAAUUACCCGUUAGUAUACCGUAUAGGUAUAUAUAUAAUAUAAUAUAUAUUAAUAUGAUAUUUUUCCUGUUCUGUGUAAUUAAUUAUAAAUGUUCGUUGGAGUUUCGAAUGCUUAUUAGAAACGCAAUAAAAGCCUUCCAUUGUAUAAAAACAAUAUAAUAUUAAAAACCGUAAUAUUUUUAUCGUUGAAUUUACAUGUCGUGUUUAACAUAAUAUAUUCUUACAUAUUAUUAUAAAAUGGGUAUUUUUAACGAUAAUAUGCAACAAACAAAUUAUUUUUCAAAGAACAAAUUUUAUUUUUGACAUUUGUCAACAAUGUAAUAAACGUAUAUUUCACGCAUAUUUCAGUGAAGGCACAUAUAUUAGGUAUAUGAUAUUAAUUUCGUAUGAUUAUAUUUUGUAAUAUUAUAUAAGUGUCCAAGGGAAAAAAAUGAAACCUUUGGACUUUGAGUAAGGUUAUACCGAACACUCAUAUUUAUAUACUAAACGUACUCAUCAUACAAUUACAAUAAACAUUUUUGAGAAUGUAAAUAAAAUUAUUUUAUAAAAAGAAAAAAAGCUUUAGACGCAUAUAUUAAUAUAACAUAAAAAUGUUUGUAUAACGGUUAAGUGAUAUAAAUAAAUAUUAUUCUUGACGUGCACUAACUUAUAUUAUAUUUCAAACGUGUUCUAAGCGAUAUGCUUUAAAUUAAUUUAAUUAAUUAGUUCAAAACUACGAAAAAAGUUCAUGUAAAAUUAUAUUAUCAUAUACAAAUUAAUUAACAAAUCCAUUCAUAUUUUAUCCACGAUUUUAAACGCUACAUUGUUUACAAAAAAAUAGUACACAUUUCUGGUUUAUUUUUUCAGAAUAAAUGCAUUCCAAAUAUCAAUUUAGCACUUUUUUGUUUUUUUCUGAACUUACGACUCCUGAAAUAUUAAAUUUUACUUUGAUAAUUAAAUAAUUUAAUAUAAUACUAAACGUGUAUUGUGGACGUUUUAUUUUCCAGAAAAUGUCUACACACAAUACAGUAAUGUUGAUGAGCAUUUUAGUGCUCUUGGUCGCUAACACGUGUGACUGUCGGAUUAACUCACUCCCGUCUCGAUGUAUGCCGGGUCUGCUUGAGGACGCACCUCCUAAGGUACGCGAAGCCUGUUUGACUCUGUCCACGAUCCGCACCCUUUCGAACGCCAUUGAGACAUUUAUCCAAGACAAACAGUACCCAAUGCCAAUGCCAUGUGAGUAAACACCUAUGUACUUUUAUAUUAUAUGCAUCUAAAGGAUUUAAUUUUAGUGGAUUUUGCUUAUGAUGAUGUUGAACGAUAAACGUUUAUGACGGUGACAAAUUAAAUGGUGGACACAUAACCAAGCAAAAAUAUAAUACGUUUAGAAAAUAAUGUAAUACAUACGGGUCGUGCGUAAUCUUGGUAGUUCGGAUAUUGAGCUCAACAUACAGUUCUAAAAGAAAUAUGUUAUUGUCUUAUUUUUUUUUAAAACACUUAAAAUUUUAAAAAAAAGUCUACAGAAUAAUUAUUAGAUAUUUUAAGAAACUAAUAAUUCGAUGCAUUAAAUUUGUUUUUGUACGUUACAAUUUAUUUGUACUACAUUAGCAAAUAAUAUGAAUAUUGUAUACUAUAAAAAUACCAAAAAAAUUAAAAUUAAAUAUCAUAGAGAUAAAAAUAACACUUUGAUCCAACUCAGCUAAUAUUAUAAUAUAGUGUUACAAAAAUAAAUAUUUAUUUUAAAUUAUUUCAAAUAAAUACGAUAUAAAACAUUUUAUAAAACAAAAUAUUAAAAUUGUUUUGUUAGGCUCGCUGUCUACCACCCCGAAAUAUCAGUACUCUUGUGGACAUUUGUAUUCAAUUUAUAUUAGUCGUUUUAACUCAAUAUUAAAGGAAGACGUUUUAAAUAAGGUUAAACAAAUUACAUAAUUAAUGGUUUUUUUUUAACGUAGCUUGAUAAAUAAAAAGACGGACAUACUUCAUACGAUGGGUGAACUACUGUUGUGGGCAGUGGAGUAUAUAGGUUUUUAUUUCGGAGGGAGCCAAUCAUUUAUAUCGCUUUUUUGGGGGGGAGGGACACAUUAUUUGGAUGAAAAUUGCUUGAAUGUUAUAACAACUUUUGACCGUCUUUUCGCUAACAGAGAAAUGAAAAACUUAAUCAUUUUUUUAAUGAACUGUAAUAUAAAAAAAUAUAAAACUCUACGUUGCAAUAAUACAAUUUUUAUUAGAGUCACUUAAAUAAAAAUUGAAUAUAUUAUAUUUUCAUACAAGAAAAAACAUACCUUAGAAUAUUAUAAAUACAGUUUUGGAUUUAUAGAAAAAAAAUGACAAGACAAAAUCAAGAUUUCUCGGCACACUAGCAAACUUAUUAAGAACUUUUUUGGGUAUUAAUUUGAUUUAUUACGCUUUUAGUAUUUUUAUUUGCAACGGAUUUUAUGUUUUUUUUGAAUUGGCAUUUAUCUCUUCAUUGUGACGACGCUAUUGUACUCACAAAAAUAUUAAGCUAUAAGGCUAAAUUGUGACGCGAUAAAAAUUACACAGAAACACAUAACUGCACGAAAAUGUAACGAACAAUAAAACAAUUGCACCGGCUGUCUACUGAUAACUGUCGACAGCCGAAAAUCGGAAUGCAAAAAAUAUGGAUAAUAUUACUUUGGUUAAAAUAAUCGGAACUAUUCUUGGGAUUGCCGACGGUCAAUUAUCGUUGAUAACGAUAAUUCACGUGGCCAAAAAUAGAUUUGAUACAAUGGGGUAACUACGUUCAUCAGUGCGUCGCGACGUCGCUAUAAUAACCACAGAAUAAAUUAUUUCUAUGUAAUAACUAUACACAUAGACGCUAUAUCAAUAUUUUUCGUUUACUCCCGCCGCCGCAACGCCCUAUAAGAAUCUACAAAAAUAGCUACAAAAAAAUAAAAAAUUUUAAUACUUGUGUUUUUCAUUUCGGAGAGUGCCCGGGCCCUCUCGGCCCUUCCCAUUAAUACGUCACUGGUUGUGGGUGAGACGUUGGGAAGGCAGGAUGUAGAGGAGAAUUUAAUUUGUAUUUAUACGCAACAAUAAACCAUUGUUAACGAAAAACGAUUUGAAACUAAAUUUUUUUUGUACAUUUACGUAAAUUUUUCCGUUUUUCCCCGAUUUCCCCCAGUUAUUAUGAAAACCACUUGGAAAAUCAAACUCAAGCAAGUAGAUAUAUUUUCGUUUCACUUAAUACAUCAUAGCAAGAUUUCUGGUAGAAAAGUUGCUCACAAAAAAAAAAUAAACACCCAUACAAAAAAAAUACAUUCAUCGCUACACUCUGAAUCUAAAACAACCUGAGGGCAGGUUGAUUAUCCAAUAAACUCAAUUUUCUGAACUUAUUUACAACUGAACACACCGUGUAUUAAUUAAUGAUCGUGAAAAAUUGAAACAUGGUUCUUUUGCAUUUUAUAUGAACAUUUACAUUAAUAUUCAAUAUAUAUAAUAUUAUACAAGCACUAACAUGAACUUCACCUGGAAAAUAUUCUAAAAAGAAAAGUCAAACAACAUUGUUUUAUGAAAAUAACCAAUACCUAAUUAAAUUCUCUUAUUACCGAAAUAAGCUUUAGUCUUUUACAAUAACAUAAACAAAAUUGUAGACUUUUUUUUAAUUUUUACCCACGGGGUAUGAUCAAUAGCUGUUUUACGACAAUAAUAAAAUCUGUUCCUUCCUUAUCUUAUAUAAAACCAAAAAAUAGAACUAUAAUUCUUCUAUUUUUCUAAUUUACUUUUUUCAUUAGUAUAUAAUUUUAUAAACAAUUGAUUUUAUGAUUUCUAAAGAUUUUAAUAACUUUGUACUCCUUUACACGUUAUGGGUGUUUCCAGAAAUAAUAAUAAUACUUACAUAUUGUACUCUUAUUAUUAGGUUACUCGCGAAAAGUUAUUUUUACAUAAGUAUCUACUAAAUAGUAUAGAUACACCCUAUACCCUGAUAUCAAAAUUCAAACAAAUUCUAAUUCAAACCACUACAACUCACAAAUUCAUAAAUUAUCUUCUUCAAAGAGAAAUAUGAGCUAUGACCUAAUAAAUGAAUAGUCUGUAGAAUAAAAUUAAUUAACUCCAUCUUGGUUCAACAAAAUAAAUUAUAUCCUAAAAAGUUUGUAUACGAAUUUUACUUAAAUUUUUGGCGAACUCGAACAUUUAUCAACCUUCAUUUUUUUUCCCUAUCUUUUUAAUAUGCUAAAAUCAGUAAAAGCAUGUUUUUUUUUUCUUUUUAGUAUGAAUAUAUUAUUAAUAAUAUGGUAAUAUUAACAAAUGGUAUGCAAAAUAAAAAUUAAAUAUAUUUUAAUUGAAUUUUAUUUUAUUUAAGUUAAAUAGAUUUCCAUUUUAUAAUAAAUGGAAAAUUGAUUUUAAAAAUAAUAAUAAUAAUCUAAUAAUCGAAAAAUGCAAAUGUAUAAUAUAUUUGGCUUAGAGGGUAUUUAUUUUAAUAAUAAAGUUAUAUAAAAUAAAAAAGAAUCUAAUGGAAAUUUAAAGUGAACUACGUUCCAAGUACUAAUAAGUGAUAAAUUGAUUAAAUUUAAAAAAACAACAAAUAUAGGUACUUCUCUAACAAAUAAUUUAGAUAAAAUAAAACACUUUAUCAUCUUCUCAUUUCUGUUAUAGCGUAGAGUUAUUGGUAACCAUUUCCCGUCCUCUCAUUAUUUUUCAUUCAGGAUAUCAACGUAUUUCCCAUUUCCCACCAAAUAUUAAUCUCAUAAUGUUCCUUGACUAUACAAUUAUAAACGUACUAAAAGUUGUAGGUUAGGAUAUCCUAACCACACAAAAAUUAGUUUCAUUUUUGUUAACGAAUUUGCAGAUUUUAUAUUAUCAAUUAAAUAAUAAAUUUACAACGUUCUAUAGUAACUGAUAUUUGCUUUGUCCUGCGUCUAUUGUUCCAUAACCUGCACAAUAAUUAAUACGAUUUGUUCGUAUAUACAACUUUCCUUAGUAUAACUAAAAGUUAAAAUUCGAUGAUCAUUGAAAAUAUAAAAUUUAAAAAUAAAAUUCAAUAUUAAUUUACUAAUGUUUGUUAUUAUUAUAGUUUAUUUUUUCUUUGAAGUCGCAAAACAAUAAAGUUUAUUUAUAGAAAUUAUUGAGCAUUAAAACCAGAGUACAUAAUAGUUUCUAAUAAUAGUACAUCCUAGUUCAAAAUAUAAUUUGUAUAUACUAAUUUUCAACAUUUUUAUAUUACUCACUUUUUUUUAUUUCUUUUUAUAAAAAUAUUUCAAUUAAUUUAAUUAAAAGUAAUAAUUAUAUAAGGUAUCUUACAGUAUGGUCCUUAUGCUAAUAACUCCGUCAAUAUUCAUUUUUUUUUUCAACCGGGUUGUGUGGGGGAACAUAUGUAGAGAAAAAACAAAUUUUUAUUUUCAUCCCUUAAUCACUGAAAAAAAUACCUUUUUUAGUUUUAAUAUAGUAGGUACCUAAUAUAUUAUUGUAGUAUUUCAUUUUUUAUUGUUUUACAAAAUAGGUGAGGGAAAAUUAGACUAUAGCGACGGAGCUCUGCUGCUCCCGGGUGUUUGAUUGUUUUAUACGGUAUUGACGAUAGUAAUAUAUUACAAUAACUACGUGGUAUAACAAAGGUAAACAAAUACGUUUAAAACCAUAAUAUACCUACCACUCGUGUAAUGAUGACUAUCAUAUAUUUAUUUAACAUAACUGCAAUAAUAUUAUAGAAUGUCAAAUUAUCGGCUAUUCAUUUAUAACGCUGGAAUAAUAUUACUAUUAUAGGUAUUAAACGUUCAAACAUUCGCUUGUUAUGAUUAAAUAGAUACUUAUAUAGAUCUACAACAGGUACGUAGGUAGGCAAGUAGGUGCCAAAAAUGUAUAAUUAUGUAAAUUAUUUUAACCGUAUAGUUGACCUAUUCAAAUUAUAAUUGAUACGAUAAAACAUCAUACGAUCGAAUUGUAUUUUAAAAUAGGUACCAUUAACAUAAUAUAAUAUCAAAAUCACAAACUUCUAAUUUCUACCAUAUUGAAAUAUCGUAUUAUAAUUAUGAUUAUCAUCAUAGAUACAAAUAGCCCAGAUAUUUGGGAGGCAGGGGGUUAAUUCUCCCGUAAUAUUAAUUUUGAAAAAAUACUCAUACUUGGCCAAUACUAAUUGAGGACUUGAUUUGGAAGUGGACUAAGAUAAGUAUUGGGAGCUUAACCCCACUAUUUGCGUCAAUGUUUAUUAUCAUUAAUGAUAAUACCGACCCGUCAUUUAUUUUAUCAGAUUUAUCUGGAAGAAAAAUUCAACAUAGGUUAAUAUUAUACAUUACUAUAUUGUUUGGCGAAAUAAUUAUGUAAUCUCGUUUAGAGCCACAUUUGGGCAUUAGUAACAAGGCAAGCGAAGGUACAUAUUCUGAUUACUUAUUAGAUGAUUACAUUCGGUCCAAAUACUAUAUUUUAUUACACUACUAAUGUAUUAUUAAUAUAUAAAUAUAUGUGUGUGUGCAAAGUGUUCCUAUUGUGCACUAACAGAAACUAACAGAAUUUGGCUAGGGUUCCGAUAAUGUACCAACGCAUCCGAAUUGAAUCGAUAAAUGUAGUGAUGUUGGCGUUCAAUUACCUUCGUUUGCCUUGAUUGUAUAGUCCAGAGUCUGGACUACCUGUGCAUUGAUAUGGUUAUUAAAAAUUUAAAAGUGAACAAUAAUUGUUUUAAACACGAUAUGGAAAUAGUAUAUUAUUGUACUUGUAGGUAUAAGUCAUAACAUUUUUAUUUAAAAUAAUAUAAUAAUUAACAUUGCAACUAUCCAUAUAGUAGAUAUAUUAAGUCGUUUUUGUAUUACUGAUUUAUUUUAUUGAAAACUAACGCAAACCUAUACGAUUAUAUUAAUUCUACCUCGUAACUACUCAUAAUUAAAACUUCACAUAUUUUUUUUCCUUUUACGAAGUAUAAACUUUUACAUAACUGUAUUAUACAAAAUGUUUAAAUAAUGAAAAUGUAUUAUUAUUUCAUAUUUAUACAAUAAAUGCAAUAUGCAUAAUAUAUUAUGUAACUUUCAUUUUAGUUCUACUUUACCCUGUCCCACGCAAUCGAUGUCAGCUAUAUCUACUCUUUAUAAUAAUAUUCACCCUUCGCAUCAAAUUUUUUGAUGUAAUCUACAGCACUAUCAUCAUAUAUCUGUUUGAUAAACUAAACAUUUAAGUAUAAAAUAUUUCACGUCGAAGUGCAUUCACUAGAGGGUUCUUCUCUCACAACAUUGAAGUCACAUAGCAUAAAAAUUACCUUCGUUAUGCAAUAAUAGAUUUCCUAAAUUUAAAUAAAAAAAGUAUAAAAUAUGUAAUUUUAUCAAUAACAUUAUCGCCUAUAAUAACCGAAUGAUUUUUUUUUCUGACAGACAACAGAAUGUCAUCCGAUGGAUUGGCUGAUACUGCAAUGCAGAUGCAAAACGAUAAACGUCAAGACCUGGACCACGUGUUCCUCAGAUUUGGCCGUAGACGGCGUUAGAUGCGCCUUUUAAAACAUUUACUUAAGAUAACUUCCUUCUUCUUCUCUUAGAUCUUAUAUAAAAACUUCAUUAUAAUUGCGUGUCAUAUACCCUCAUAUAAUAAUAAAAACUCUAUAGUAAUUGCAAAUGAAAAAUAACGUAGACAUCUACAUCAUUUUAAAAAAAGACGCAUACUACUUUAAGGUUAACAUUUUCAUCGUUUGUUUACAUAUUAUUUUAUUAUUUGCAUAACUUAUUUUUCUUUACAUACCUAAAAUGCCCAGCAUAAUUAUGUAGAAUUUUAGUACCUACCUAUCAGUAUGAUAAAAAUUCUCAUAAUCACAUUUGUUGAGACUUAAUUUAUUAUUAUUUUUAUUAUUUGUUUACCUACCUCGUUAGGAUUGAAUAUCUGCUCAUGUACUUAAAAUAAUAUACUAGUCUGCUGUAUUUUAUUUAUUUGUUUAUUUAAUUUAGUAAGA